AUGGAUCAACAAAGAUUCCUCCAGCAGUUGGCAAUUGUCCUGGAUCCAAAGAAAGGCAAUGUCAAGACUGCGACAAACGUUCUGCAAAAUGAAUUCUACAAGAAUCCUCAGUCGUUGCUAUUCCUCAUCCAAUUAAUCAUCUCUCACGACAGCGCCGAGCUCAAGCAACUUGCAGCGACGCAAGCCAAACCUCUAGUCUCAAAGCAUUGGACGAAGAUUCCUCAAGAGCAGCGACAACACGCUAGAAGUCAGUUGUUCUCAGCCACCCUUGCCGAACCCUCCUCGCUCGUCCGCCAUGCCUCGUCUCGCCUGAUCAGUUCCAUUGCCAAAAUCGAUCUUGAUGAUGGAGAGUGGCCUGAACUGCCGGCCAUGCUCCAGCAGGCUGCUACCAGUACCAGCGCCGCUGAACGUGCUGUUGGUGUCUAUGUGCUUUACAGCAUACUGGAAACCAUGGGCGAUGGCUUCAGUUCGAAAUUCAAAGAGUUGUUUGCUCUGUUCAGUAAAACCAUCAAAGAUCCAGAGUCGCUCGAGGUCAGAAUCAAUACUAUGCUGGCUAUAUCAAAAAUGGCUCUCGUCAUUGACGCGGAUGAGGACGAGGCAUCGAUAAAAGCCUUUCAGGCCAUCUUCCCUGCGAUGGUUGCGGUCCUGAAAGACACGAUUGAUUCGGGCAAGGAAGAGGAAGCCAUGUUGGCCUUUGAGGUCUUCAACACACUUCUGACGGCCGAAUACCAACUCAUCUCUCAACAUUUCCUAGACUUGGUUCGUUUCAUGAAUGACAUUGCAUCCAACAGAGACAUGUCAGACGAGAUUCGCACGCAAGCCAUCAGCUUCCUGAUGCAGUGUGUUAUCUAUCGACGGCUUAGAGUCCAGGGAGCCAAGAUGGGAGAGCCAUUGACCAGGAGCAUGCUGCAAAUCGUCACUGAGAUAGACGAUGCCUCUGCCGACGACGAUGAUAUCACCCCGGCUCGGUCUGCUCUCGGUCUGAUUGACACAAUGGCCCAGAGCCUCCCGGCCAACCAGGUACUCGUGCCACUGCUCGAUGCCCUGCCACAGUACUCGAAGAGCUCUGAUUCCAAGCACCGCCAAGCUGGUAUCCUGGCCCUCGGCAUGGCCGUCGAAGGUGCUCCUGACUUUCUCAGUACCCAACUGAACUCCGUUCUCCCUGUUCUGUUCGCCCUCCUGGAAGACUCUGAAGUGACCGUUCGUCAGGCUGCUCUGCAGACCACAGCACGAUUGGCCGACGAUUUACCAGAAGAUAUCACCAAGCAACAUGAGAAACUGAUACCACUGCUGGUCAAGAACCUUACUGCCGCCAUGGGUGCAUAUAAGGGCGAGGAGGAAGGACCCACUGUCGACAUUAUGAAGUCUGCAACCAGCGCCAUCGAUGCCGUCGUCGAUGGUAUGGAUGCUCAGGAUGCUGUGCAGUAUCUGGAUAAGUUGGCGCCUCUACUCCAACGCCUCUUUAAACACCCCGAUUUCAAGAUCAAGGCCUUGGCUGCUGGUGCUCUAGGCUCGUUGGCUUCAACAGUUGAAGGUCCUUUCUUGCCAUAUCUCAAUGACUCAAUGCACGCAAUGCAGGAGUUCAUUACCAAGAAGGAAAGCGAAGAGGAGCUGGACUUGCGUGCAAGUUGCACUGACGCCAUGGGCGAGAUGGCGGUGGCUGUCGGUGCUGCCAACUUCAAGGACUAUGUCCAACCGUUGAUGCAAACCAGUGAGGAGGCUCUUCACUUGGAGCACUCGCGUCUCAAGGAAAGCACGUACAUCCUUUGGGGUUCCUUGGCUAAAGUCUACGAAGAAGACUUCGCUCCAUUCCUUGGUGGAGUGGUGCAGGGCCUGUUUGCCUGCAUCGAUCAGGAGGAGGCUGACCUUGAGGUUGCUCUUGGAGACAGCGCAAAAGAUCUGCUAGGUAAGGAGGUGACCAUUGCUGGCCAGAAGGUCAAGGUGGCUGCCGCCGACAGCGACGAUGAGGCUGAAGAUGGAACCAUCGAGGAUGUCGAGAUUGGUGAUGAUGACGACAGUGAUUGGGGCGACCUGGCGACCGUCACUCCCAUUGCGUUGGAGAAGGAAAUUGCAAUUGAAGUCAUCGGCGACGUGAUAUCCAACACCAAAACAGCCUAUCUCCCAUACUUCGAAAAGACCAUCGAGAUGUUGCUGCCAUUGGUAGAACAUUCCUAUGAAAACGUCCGAAAGGCGACCAUCAGCACCCUGCAUCGAUCAUAUGCAGCUCUGUACGAGGUUUCGGAAGAGUCUGGCCAGAUUCAGAAGUGGAAGCCAGGUCUUCCAGUGCAAGUCGAACCCACCCCAGAGCUGAAGAAAUUCGGAGAGCUCCUGAUGACUGCUACAUUGAAUGUCUGGACCGAGGAGGAUGACACUGCCACCGUCACGGAGACCUCACGGGCUCUGUCGGAGAACCUCAAACUUACUGGCCCAUCUCUCCUUUCCUACCAGGAUUGCCUCUCUCGCAUCGUCCAGACGGUCACGGCACUGAUCACCAAGAAACACCCAUGCCAGAUUGACAUGGACGACUUGGACGAGGAAGAUAUGGAGUCCACAGAACUGGAAUGGCUGGUCGUUGAUAGCGCAAUGGACGUCAUCUCCGGACUCGCCGCAGCGCUCGGUCCUAGCUUCGGCGAGCUCUGGAAGAUCUUUGAGAAGCAAGUCCUUCGCUAUGCGAGCGGUGGCGAAUCACUCGGACGUGCGUCCGCUUGUGGUGUGCUCGCAGAGAUCAUCACUGGCAUGGAUGCUGCAGUCACACCAUACACUUCGCAGAUGAUGAACGUCUUGCUUAAGCGCCUGGGCGACGAGGACGCUCAGACAAAAUCCAAUGCUGCAUAUGCUGUCGGCCGUCUUGUCGAGAAGUCCAAUGACGAUGCCACUGUUCUCAAGGCGUAUCCCCAGAUCCUCCAGAAACUCGAGUCGAUUCUGCACAUCACCGAGGCUAGGUGCACUGAUAAUGCUGCAGGCUGUGUGGCACGCCUCAUCCUCAAUCACAAGGACAAGGUGCCCGUGUCGCAAGUCCUUCCUGUCUUGGUGGACAGCGACAUCUUGCCUCUCACCGAGGAUUACCAGGAGAACGAGCCCGUCUGGAAAAUGAUUGUGCAGCUCUACCGUGACCAAGACCCUACCGUCCAGCAACUCACGCCAAAACUGGCUCCGAUCAUGAUGAGCGUGCUAGGCGAACCCGAGGACCAACUCACCGACGAAGUGAGGGAACAGUUGCAGGCUCUUGUGGAACAUUUGAAGAGUAUUCACUAG